AUGACCCCCAGACGUCUCCACGCUUUAUGUGAGCUGGAGUGCCCAGGUUUUGAUGUGGGAUGGCCCCCAGAAGGUACUCUUGACCUCCGCACAAUUUACGGAGUCUACGUAGUUGUCACUGGGACCCCAGGACAUCCAGACCAGUUCCUUAAGUUGACUCGUGGGUUGGAAAUAGCCCAAACCCUUCCUCCCUGGAUCUCAUUAGAAACUGUGCCCGCCCUGAACCCAGCCACUUUCUUGCCAACCGAGGAUGGGGAGCCAGAACAUGACUAUAUAGAAGUCAUCAACGAGGUCUACGCCACCAGACCUGACCUCCGGGACAGCCCACACCCUAACCCAGACCUUACUCUGUAUACUGAUGGCAGCAGCUUCCUGAGGGAUGGAAAACGUAACGCGGGACAUGCAAUAACGACCACAGAUGAGGUACUCAAGGAAAGGGCACUUCCCUCGGGAUGGUCGGCCCAACAGGCAGAACUAUGGACACUAAUAAGAGCCCUUACUCUAAACGAGGGCCGAAAAAUCAACAUCUACACUGACUCUUGUGACAAUGUUCCAGCCUUCAUAGUAGAGCUUCUCCAGAUGGUAGCCAGAGUUAUGGGCAUCAACUGGAAGCUCCAUACAGCUUACAGACCACAAAGCUCAGGGAAAGUUGAACGCAUGAACCGUACCCUCAAGGAGACAUUUGCUAAACUCCACCAGGAGACCUCCCGAGGGUGGGUGGACCUCCUACCGCUAGCCGUCCUUUGGGCGGGCUGCACCCCUGGCAAAUCUGGAUUCUCUCCCUUCAAAAUUAUGUUCGGGAGGCCCCCUACCCUGCUAACCAGUCUCCCUGGCGACAUUCGCCAGCUGGGGUUCUCCAGCCUCCAAAACCAGAUGGCCGCGCUAGGCAAGGUCCUCACAGAUAUAUGUGCUUACAUUCUGGAAAGGGCCCCCAAUUCUCUCGGGGCCCUGGUACACCCUUUACCCUGGGAGAUCAAGUCUGGGUCAAAGAUUGGAAGCGCGAGCCCCUCUGACCCCGGUGGACAGGCCCUCACACUGUCGUACUUGUUACUCCCACUGCUCUUAAAGUUUCAGGCAUUGUCCCGUGGAUCCAUCACACCCGGGUUAAAGGAGCCCAGCCGGAGACCGAUUCCUGUACCGCCCAGCCUGUCCACUCCGUCUUACCCUCAAGAAACAGCCUGGAUGAGCCUCGCUGUUGUCUGUCUGGCCUCCGUCUUCACUGUUAUUGGAUUUCUAUUGUUUCUACCUUUUGCUGAUGAAGGAACCAUCAGCUUAGAAACUUGGGAAAAGAUAGGAGACAGACUGCAGGAUUAUUAUUCAACUCAUGGACCUAAGAGGGUCCCUGUAGAGACUUUUGGAUUGUGGACUUUAAUUCGGGAUUGUCUGGACCUCAGACAUGAGGGAUAUAGGCUGGAAAAGUUAAAACAGGCUGGUUCAGGUGAAUUGCCUCCUCACAUAACCUCUGAAGAGAAGGGAGGGGAAGAGAUCCCCCUGCCGCCAGAGGAGCUCAUUAAUUUAGAACCCCCCGAUGAGCAAUGGGAGGAUUUAGAUCCUGGAGAUAAAGAGGAUUUAGAAGAAGCUGCGGCCAGAUAUGAAAGGGAACGCUAUUCCCCCUUAGUUGCCGUUGCACAGGAAGAUAAACCUCUUUUAGAUACAGUCCAUAAAAUGGCAGAACAGAUGAAAGCCCUUCAAAGCCAGAUAGCUGAUAUAAAGCUUAAGCAGGAAGAAGGCAGUAAGAAAGAGGAAGGGCCCCCUCAGAAACCUUAUUAUUAUCAGGACCCUUAUUACGGAGAAAGGCUUACUAGACCCCUAGAAAAUGCAUGUCCUGACCCAUGGAAUCCAGGCGGAAAAGACCCCCCUGUCGAUGUCCUUGUAGCUUUGCCGCCUCCUGCGGCACCUCCAACUGCGCUGCCUAAUGCGCCUCUUUCGGUGCCUUUGGAACCCCGUAUGUGGGGUCCUCCUUUAUCCGCACCUCAGCCACCUGUUUGGGACAUGCCAACCAAGCCUCCGCCUGGGUAUAUUAAACCUGGGUCAGAUUCUGACAUGCAGUCCCCUCUUCAGUUAGCCUGUGAGGAGGGACAUAAGCAAGGAGAGAAUACUAGACAGUUUGGAGUAUACCCUCUUUUUGAAAGAGUAGAUCAAGCAGGACGAGUGCUUAGGGAUUGGAGACCUUUUCAGUGGAAACAAGUAAAGGAAUUGAAGGAAGCUUGCAGCCAAUAUGGUCCUAUUGCCCCGUUUACCGUGGCUAUUCUGGACGCCUUGGCUGUGGAUGCCACUCCCCCGGAGGAUUGGAAGCACAUUGCGCAUGCUUGCCUUUCCGGAGGUGAUUAUCUUUUAUGGAAAUCAGAGUUUUAUGAAAAUUGUAAGGCAAAGGCUGAUGAGAAUACAUUAAGACAAAUUCCCGUAACUUUUGAGAUGCUGGCAGGAGAAGGCAUGUAUUCUAAUCUGAGAAAUCAACUGGGAUUUGCGCCAGCCGCUUAUGCCCAAACCGCCGCGGCUGCUAAAGACGCUUGGCGAAUGCUGCCUGAUGCCUCUAGAAAGGAGGAACAAGUUACUCACAUAAGACAGGGUGCGGAUGAGCCUUUUCAAGACUUUGUUUCUCGCCUAAAUAUUGCGGCGGGCAGGACUUUUGGUGCAAGCACAGCUACUCAGGCUUUCGUAAAGCAGCUUGCCUACGAGAAUGCUAAUUCCGCUUGUCAGGCGAUUAUCAGACCAAUUAAGAAGAAAGGCACCAUUGCUGACUUUAUCCGCCUGUGUACUGAUGUCGGCCCCUCCUUUUCUCAGGGGGUGGCCUUGGCUGCCGCAUUGCAGGGAAAAAGUAUCCAAGAGGUAAUGCUUCAACAAGCAAAGCUCCAUGUAAACAGUCGUACAGGAGCUUGCUUUACUUGUGGAAAAACGGGACAUCGUGCAGCACAAUGUCCACGUAAGACUGAGGCCGAAAAUCCUCCGGCUCCAGCCGUGGCUUCUGCAAAGAAACCUCCUAACAUUUGUCCAAAAUGCUCAAACCCCAGUGACGGGACAAACUGGAAAUCAGUCCCAGAAAGAAAACACAUCACAGAUUUAUUCAGGGCCACCGCAGGCAGCGCAGGACUGGACUUGUGUUCCACCUCCGACAUCGUAUUAACUCCUGAAAUGGGUAUGCAGACUCUGCCCACUGGAAUCUUUGGGCCUUUGCCCCCGAAAACUGUAGGAUUGUUGUUGGGGCGAAGUAGUUCAAUAUUGAAAGGAAUUCACGUCUCCCCGGGAGUUAUUGAUGAGGACUUUAUGGGAGAAAUUAAAAUUAUGGCCCAUUCUCCUUUGAAUAUUUCUGCCAUUCCUGCUGGAACUCGCAUUGCUCAGUUGAUAAUAUUACCCCGCAUCAAGAUAGGAAAAAACAGACAGAAUCAGGAACGAGGAGACCAGGGAUUUGGUUCCUCUGAUGCUUAUUGGGUACAGGAGAUAAAAAAGGAACGACCAGUCUUAACGCUAAAAAUAAAUGAAAAAGAUUUUCAAGGACUUCUAGAUACUGGAGCUGAUGUUUCUUGCAUUUCUGCUGAUCAUUGGCCCUCAAGUUGGCCGACUCAUUAUACUGCUACCAACUUACAAGGCAUAGGCCAAUCUCAGUCGCCUCUUCAGAGCAGUAACAUCCUAUCCUGGCAGGAUCAGGAAGGCCACCAAGAAACUUUUCAGCCUUAUAUUAUCCCUGGUCUCCCCGUUAAUCUUUGGGGACGAGAUAUUAUGAGCCAUAUGGGAGUUUAUCUUUACAGCCCUAGUGUGCAGGUUACUCAGCAAAUGUUUGACCAGGGACUUCUCCCUGAUAAAGGCCUUGGGAUUGAAGGACAAGGCAGAAGGAGACCUGUUUCUCCUAAUCCUAAUUCACAGAGGACGGGACUGGUAUUUUCCUCAGGGGCCAUAGACUUGCCUGUACUCCACCGAAAAACAGCAGAAGCCAUUAAUUGGAAAUCAGAUACGCCUGUGUGGAUAGAUCAAUGGCCCCUAACACAAGAAAAGAUAUUAGCCGCUCAAGCGCUUGUACAGGAGCAGCUUGAAAAAGGCCAUGUAAUUGAGUCUACCUCCCCUUGGAAUUCACCUAUUUUUGUAAUUAGAAAGAAAUCUGGAAAAUGGAGGUUGUUACAAGACCUAAGAAAAGUUAAUGAGACCAUGGAAGUUAUGGGCUCCCUGCAGCCGGGGUUGCCUCAUCCAUCUGCCAUACCUAAGGAUACUUACAAAAUAGUAUUAGAUUUAAAAGAUUGUUUUUACAACAUACUGUUACAUCCACAAGAUUGUAAAAGAUUUGCUUUCAGUAUCCCAAGUACAAACUUCUGUGAACCUAUGAAAAGAUAUCAGUGGCUUGUUCUCCCCCAAGGUAUGGCAAAUAGUCCUACGCUGUGUCAGAAAUUUGUCAGUGAAGCAAUUGACAAAACGAGAAAACAGUUUCCUUCUGUAUAUAUCAUCCACUAUAUGGAUGACAUUUUGUUGGCCUGUAAGAAGGAAGGAGUGUUGUUGGCUUGUUUUGUAAAUAUAAAAGAAAACCUUUUAGCCUCGGGCCUUAUCAUAGCCCCCGAGAAGAUACAGAGGGCGGAGCCUUUUGCUUAUUUGGGUUUUCAAUUGUUUUCUCAGUUUUUUGUUCCUCAAAAGGUGGAGCUUAGAAAGGAUCACUUGAAGUCUCUUAAUGAUUUUCAAAAACUGUUAGGAGAUAUUAAUUGGCUGCGACCUUCUUUAGGUUUAACAACCGGAGAUUUAAAACCAUUGUUUGAGAUUCUAAAAGGAGACUCUGAUCCAACUUCCCCUAGAAAUCUUACUGAGUCAGCGAGAGAGGCUCUCUCUAAAGUUGAGAAGGCCAUUCAACAACAGCAUGUUUCUUUCUUGGAUUAUUCUAAGCCCUUUCAUGCCUAUAUUUUAGAAACUAAACAUACGCCUACGGCAGUGUUGUGGCAAGAAGGGCCGCUUAGGUGGAUACAUCUUCAUGUAGCAGCUCAGAAGAAUCUCACUCCUUAUCAUGAGUUUGUAGCCAGUCUAAUUCAGGAAAGUCGUUUGGAGGCUCGAAAAUAUUAUGGAAAGGAGCCAGAUUCUAUUGUUGUUCCUUUUACAAAGGUUCAGAUUCAAGGCUUAAUGCAGUUUACAGACAGUUUUCCUAUUGCCUUGGCGCAAUUUACAGGAACCUUAGAUAAUCAUUAUCCUAAGCAUAAGCUGCUCCAGUUUUUUCAACAUCAUGACCCAAUUUUUCCUUCUGUUGUUGCACAUGAUCCUCUUUCUGCUGUACCAAAUGUUUUCACUGAUGGAUCUAGCAAUGGUAUAGCUGUUUAUACAUUAAAUAAAGAAGUUGUUAAGAGAUUACAAACAUCUCCAGCCUCGGCUCAAGUUGUUGAGCUUCGAGCAGUUCAUAUGGUGCUGCUUGAUUUUGCUUCUCAGUCUUUUAAUUUAUUUUCUGACAGCCAUUAUGUGGUGCGGGCUGUUAAAAACCUGGAAACAGUGCCUUUCAUAAGUACCAGUAAUCCUGUUAUUCAGGAUUUGUUUCUUCAGAUUCAACAGGCAAUUCAGUCACGCCGCAAAAAAUUUUAUAUUGGCCAUAUUAGAGCUCACUCCAAUCUUCCAGGCCCUUUGGCAGCAGGUAAUCAAGCUGCAGAUUCUGCCACACAGUUUAUCGCUCUAACUCAAAUAGAAAAGGCACAAAAGGCUCAUAGCCUUCAUCAUCAAAAUAGUCAAAGCCUGCGACUGCAAUAUAAGAUCCCUAGAGAAGCAGCACGUCAGAUUGUUAAACAAUGUGCUAAUUGUGCUCAUUUGCAGCCUGUGCCUCAUUAUGGAAUUAAUCCUCGAGGCCUCCGCCCUAAUGAUCUCUGGCAAAUGGAUGUAACACAUAUACCAGAAUUUGGAAAGUUGAAAUAUGUGCAUGUCUCUAUAGAUACAUUCUCCGGUUUUGUAGUCGCUACGGCUCAAUCCGGAGAAGCUGCAUCUCAUAUAAUCAGACAUUGCCUUGCUGCUUUUUCCAUGAUUGGAACUCCUAAAAAGCUUAAAACAGAUAAUGGCUCUGGAUAUACCAGUAAGAAAUUUGCCUUGUUUUGUCAGCAAUUUUUCAUUAAUCAUGUUACUGGGAUUCCUUACAAUCCCCAAGGGCAAGGGAUUGUUGAACGUACUCAUGGCACAUUAAAAAAUAUUUUACAUAAAAUAAAAAAGGGGGAGUUAUAUCCCCUGACGCCCCAUAAUUACCUGUCUCAUUCUCUCUUUAUUCAAAAUUUUUUGACCUUGGAUGCCCAUGGUAAGAGUGCUGCGGAGCGCUUUUGGCAUCCGUCUGCUGCCCCUCAGGCUUUGGUCAAAUGGAAGGACCCACUUACAGGCUCUUGGCACGGCCCGGAUCCAAUACUCGUAUGGGGCCGAGGACAUGUUUGUGUUUUUCCACAGGAUGCUGAUGGCCCUCGGUGGCUGCCGGAGAGGUUGGUGCGACAUGUGGAAUCUGUGCCUGCUGAUGAUGACCAUGACAUUCGGCUAUGCAAGACCUGA